AUGUGUCAGCUUCACCAACAGCAUCAUCAGCUUCGGCACCUCUCGCUCACCGACCGCCUCGGCUUCGGCUUCGGCUUCGGCCUGGCCAUUGGCCUCGCCCUCGACGGCUGCGCGCCCAGCAACGAGCAGAGCGGGCCGCGGCUGGUGGUGGUGCUGGGCCUGGUCGGCGGCGGGGGCGUGCUGGUGCUGCUCGUGGUCGCGCUGGUGGCCUGGAUCUACCACCGCCGGGCUAUGCUCGAGGGGGCCAACAUGAGCACCGUCUACUCGAGGAUGUUCGAGACUACCGACAGCUCGGUGCCUCUGCUCUCCCGCGACGAGGCCGACGAAGACGAUGCCCACAUCAACCCGUAG